AGAAGUUGCCAAUCAAGUUCCACUCUCGCCACAAUAUAAUCAGACGCCACUCACCUCUCAGCGCCGGAUCGUGACACAGCCAGUACAAGAAUUCUGCAUGUUACUUCUGCCACAAGUUCCGUGAUCUCGCUCUCCUGGUAACUCCGUUUGUCCUCCUUUGUUUCAGUCCCGGUUCCACCUGCUCCUGCUGCUAUUCUUCCUGGUUCCUCGUCACCUCCAGUUUCCUACUCCGUUCAAGUGUUCUGGAAAUACUCACCUGUGUCGUCCUCCUCCUUCCUGGUGUCCCUCCAUGUUCACCUGCCGCUGCAACUCACCACCCGUCAUCCGGACUCGAGAACCACUCGUCAAAAUCCCUCCGCCAUUUACAGUCAUGAGCCCAGUCCGAGCAUCUUUUUGUAGUCGUGAGUCAGUUCUAGAAAACUGUUUUUCUGAUUGUUAUCUGAGUAGCAGCUCUUGAAUUUUGUUAUCGGGUCUAGUAAUAAUCUUGAGUCUUGAAUCUAGUAAGUGUUGAGUCCUGAUUUAAUUCCUAGCUUCAAGUUAGUUCUUUGUGAACUGAAGAUUUUUGAAUUUGGUUCAGUUCCUGGAGAGAGUCUGGGUAAGAAUAGACUUUAAUUCAGGCCUCCUAGUUGUUGCCUCGCUUAAGUAAAACACUUUUUGUAUUUUCAUACCUUAGAUUGGUAAAGCUCUCUUGCCUGGGUUAUACCCAACGUGAGUCUGCUUGUUUUGAGUUUUUGUAUUCAGCUGUCCCUGCCUCAAGUAGUUGCCAGGAGCUUUUCAGAGGGCUUUUCGUUCCUUUUCAGUUUGUAGUAUCUAAGAAGAAAACUUAAGUUUUUGUCUGUAAUCACCUUUUUGAGACUUUGUAAAUAAACUUCUUUUUUGCAUUAUAACUAGCCUGUUCAUUUCCUGCGCCUGAGCUUCCUGGGUAAUCGUAACAGCACGAUCCGGCCAUGAUGAGCUCAGCAGGAAAUGUUACAGCUGCAGACGGAGUUUCCGAAGUUUCACUCCAGGAGGCUUUGACCAGCUUAGACGCGGCUCUAGUUCAACAUGAUGAGACGCUGCGUUCCCUGUCGUCUAGCAAUUCUGCUAUGUAUAAACAGCUCGCUACUCUUACUGAGAAAGUAAAUCAACUUUCGGUUCAGCCCGCAUCGGUUGCGCCUGUAGUAAAUACGACGACCGUCAAAGAACCACAUGCUCCGACACCUGAACGUUACAGUGGGGACUUUGGAGUUUGUCAGGCGUUUCUCACGCAGGUUUCAUUAGUUUUCGAGUUACAACCUCGUUCGUAUGCCUCCGAUAGAGCUAAAAUAGCUUUUUUAAUUGGGCUAUUAUCCGGUGAUGCUCGUGACUGGGGGGCUGCUGUGUGGCAACGCCAAGGACCUUUAUGCAACUCAUACAUGGCUUUUGUUGAAGAAAUGCGAAAGAACUUUGAUCAUCCAGUCAGUGGCAGAGAUGCUUCCACUCGGCUGGGGUCCAUCCAACAAGGUUCACGGAGUGUAGCCGAAUAUGCUCGGGAGUUCCGAACCCUGGCCGCAGAAGUGGACUGGAAUGAUCCAGCAUUAAGAAGUGCAUUCUACAGAGGACUGAAUGAGACUUUUAAAAGAUGAACUGACUUUGAGAGAUGAGCCACCUACCCUCGACCUUUGGAUUGCUCUCGCAAUAAAACUAGACCAUCGCAUGCGAGAGAGACGACGGGAGAAGAGAGUCCGUUCCACUGGGGAAUCUGUUCUCGUCAGGCCGGUUAAAAGGCCCAUUCAACCCAUGCCUCCGACGGAGGAUCCAGAGCCAAUGCAGCUUGGACAUGCGAAGCUGACCUCUCAGGAGAAGGAGGACCGGAGAGAGGCUCGACUUUGCCUUUACUGUGGAGAAUCUGGGCACUUUAUUGCUGUCUGUCCUCGACGUACAGCAAAAGGGAAGGCUCACCAGUAGAAGGGGAGUAUCUGGUGAGCCGGGCCACGACUUCUCCUCCCCAACGACUCCAGUUAAGAACCACACUGUGCUGGGGGUCUGUUUCGCUGCCGGUUCCUGCCCUGGUGGACUCUGGUGCCAAGGAAUGUUUUCUGGAUGCGAAUUUGGUAAGACAGCUGGGCAUUCCUACUGUACCUCUAACCCAAUCCCUAGUGGCGCGAUCGUUAAAUGGACUUUGCUUAGCAAACGUUUCUUGUAAAACUAUCCCUAUAGACUUAUUGAACGCUGGAAACCAUCGUGAGAAGUUAGCUUUUUGUGUAAUUGAGCAUUCAAAUCCUCCUAUGG